GAUGUGAAUGUAACCUCGGGAAAAAUGCCACCAAGAGUGAAUUUCAUUUUUAUUUCCUGUAUCCUGGUGUUUUUAGUCCUGCUGUACUUUCUCGUGUCUAAUUUAAAUGGAAACGCCAUCCCACGACCCAAGAUCUCCUACAGACACCUCGUGCAUUCCAUAGAAACUGAUCGUCUUGUGGAUCUUGUGUCCUCCACUCUGUCAUACCGUCUGAGUCCAGGAAAUAUCUGCCAUGAUGAGUCAUUUGAUCAUUUGGGCAUUAUUCUCAUCUCUUCCUACGUGACACACGAUGAUCUUCGUUCAGCACAUCGUAGAGCACUCCCGCAGGAAGAUUUGAAGUCUCUCGGAUUAGUCAGAUUCUUCCUACUAGCUGAAAUACCCGUCCAGGAAACAACCAUCACACAACUUGCCAUUGAAGGGGAGAACAAACGCUUCGGAGACAUCAUUCAGGGAAACUUCAUCGAUGCCUAUCGCAAUCUUACCUACAAACACAUCAUGGGACUCAAGUGGGCAACCCUCAACUGCUCACGGACAAACUUCAUUGUGAAGAUGGACGAUGACACAGUGUAUGAUGCCUAUCGCUUGAGGAAUCUACUGCAGGAAUUUAGAUUAACUCAUGACGAUGGGGAACUCCUACUCUCGGGAUAUGUUCAGAAUAAUCAGAAACCAAUUAGAAUGAAACCCAGCAAGUGGUUUGUGAGUCAUCGGGAAUUCCGCGAUGCCAUUUAUCCGCCCUACCUCUCGGGAUGGCUGUACGUUACAAAUCAGCGAACUGCUCAGGAUUUGGUGAUUGCUUCUCAGGAAACUCCAUUCUUUUGGAUUGAUGACAUCUUCGUGACGGGCAUCUUAGCCAAGAAACUCUCUAUUCCACUUGAUCGACGAAAUGCUCUCUACUCAGCCAAUGGAGAUUUCCUCGAAUGUUGCAUCAGGGAGGCUGCAAAACAUAACUUCAAAUGUCCCUAUAUGGCUGGUCCAAAUGGGGGAGAUUCCGAACUCAUUCUGAGAUUCACAACAGGGGUAGCCAAGUGUAGAAAGUGCAAAGAGAGAAAGCGCACUGACCCAAAACUCAAUGAAACCUGUGUGGGUGUUUAUAAGCCCCCUUCCGGGCAUCGAGGAGCCCCAGUUGUAAAAGAACUUCAUCUGUGAUCUACAAACUUUUACUUAAAACAAGAGUAUUUUCAAACUUUUUGAUCUCUACCAAGUGGCAAAAAACUUAUGGUGUAGGACAGCAAACUUUAUGGUGAAGAUUGUGCCUUUUCUAUAGUUGUAUAUUUUGUAUUAUAGUCAGCCGCCGAGGGAAUCACUCAUCCUACUGUUGCAUCACACGUUACGAUACCAGUUAAAUAUUCCUCGGCGAUAAACUUAAUUGUAACGUCCAUGAGAAUCCUUGAUGAUCCAAAAGGAAUCAAUGAUAGCACCAUUUUGAUCAUCAGAAACUUGUUCAAAGUACAGGUGCGUUCCAUUGUGUGCUUUAAGUCGCGUAUACCCAUAAUCUCGGCUAUGGAAGGCACUCCAUUCCGGUGGAGUUUCCUCAAAUGGUUCUCUGCCUUCCUUGCAGCCAGCAGAUCCGGUUACCAAGUGUACAGGAGCCUUGGGAUUUGUAUACGGUGCUUCGGUGGAUCCAUUGAGAACACGAUAGUUGUAGAUUGGCCAGAGGCGCUCAUACGAAUGCUCAUGAGCCCACAACUCCACAUCAACACCAUGGCGAUAGAAUAAAUCUUCCAAACCGAAGAAAUGUGUAAAAGGCAGCCCAACUCUAACGAGAGUUUCAUUGUGCGUGCAAUCAUCUGAAUUACCAUUGCUGCAAUACAUUGGUCUGUGUCCGUAUGUAAUGAUCCAGGGACGUUUUUGACGAUUCUCUGGCUUAUUGGCUUCCGUAAGAUCCCUAUCCAGCCAUUCGUACUGCAUCACGAGACUCUUGAUGCCGUAAUUCAUAAAAUAGUAUACUUCCGUUGAGAAUCCAAUGAAAUGAACGGGCCCGAGAUUGAAACUAUACAUGAGAUUCUCCGUGCCACCAGGCAUACUAAAUCGUGCACGAUAGUUGGAGAAAUUGUAGCGUUCCUCGUGAUUUCCCGGACAAACCAUGUAUGGAGCAUAGGCUGCAAUGGAUUCAAUUUGAUUCAUAAAUUCAUCUCCAACUUUUCCGUCUUCCGAGUGCAUAUCGUACGCAAAGUCACCAACUGGAAAAGGUCAGAGAAUUAAUUGAGAAAUUUCCCAAAAAAAGAGAGAAAAUUGCAGACUUACCAUGAAUGAUGGCAUCAUACAUCUUUCGUUGAGUAUCAUCCUGUAGCCUGGCUAGAGAUUGAGCAUUCUCAUUGCCCAUAUCUCCAAAGAGAACAAGUCUCGGUGACCAAUUCUCACCAUUGGGUGGUGUAAUGAACCAGAAUUCAGCUGACCAUCCCAGGCUCCCGCCACAGUGAUAGGAAUAUCGUGUUUCUGGCUUUAAUCCAGUCAAAGUCACCCUGUGGAUGAACUGAGACUUCUUCGCAGGUCCUCCAUCAACAAACUUCUCAUGCCGUCCCACAGCUCUCUGAUCUAGAGUCUCUCCAGCACCGUAUUCCACCACGGAUUCGCCUGCGUCAUCAAUCGUUGACCAAGUGACCACAAUAUCGGAUGUUGAUUCUUUGUGUGGAGGACAAGGACAAAAAAUUAUAAUAUUGAUUUGAAUUGUUUUUUUACCAAUAAACUUACCUCCAAAUGAUAAAUGGA